GAAGAGGCUCUGGCGCAGAAGGCGGGGCUUAGCGCCAGUAUUCUCGAAUCCUAUUGGCCAGCGUUCUUCCAUCCACGCAGAAGCGGCAUUCUCCAGCAAUAAUGGCCGAGUCUCAAGUCAGCAUGGCUCAUCAGCGCUGUCAGGAUAAAACGCCCAUCCAGAUCCUGCACGAAUACGGCAUUAAAAUCGGCAGCGCGCCUGUGUACGAGCUCCUCCAGGCCGACGGAGACACGCACCAGCCCUCCUUCAUGUUCAGCGUCGCUAUAGCAGACAUCACGUGCAAAGGGCGAGGGUCCACUAAAAAGGCUGCUAAACAUGAAGCUGCGGAAGCCGUUUUGAAAUUACUGAAACGAGACACCCAUCUAAAUGAUCAGAGAGAUGGUAUUUCUCCCGAAGCCGGUGACGCCUCCAAUCCUGUGGGAGUCCUGCAGGAGCUGGCCAUGCAGAGGGUGUGGUGUCUGCCGGAGUACGUGGUGUGUCUGGAGUCGGGGCCCGAUCACAUGAAGGAGUUCACCGUUACCUGCCGCCUGGAGGGACUGGAGGAGUCAGGCUCCGGCAGCUCCAAAAAACUGGCCAGACGCGCGGCGGCCGAACGCAUGCUGGGGAAACUGCAGAGCCUGUCCGGAUCUCCCGAGAUCACGUGGAGCCCGCCGUCUCGCGUGUAUGUGGAGAGCUUACGGCAGUCCAUGGGGGAGAAGAUAUCCCUCCUGAGGAGGACGCCGCUCAGCAUCCCGAACACGGACUACAUUCAGAUGCUGCUGGAGAUCUCACUGGAGCUGGGCUUUCAGGUCACGUACAUAGACAUCGAUGAGCUGACGGUGAACGGUCAGUACCAGUGUUUGGUGGAGCUGUCCACUCGGCCGGUGACGGUGUGUCACGGUACAGGGAUGACCAGCAGUAACGCUCACAACACCGCAGCACAUAACGCCCUGCAGUACAUCAAGAUGGUGGCCAGUAAACACUAACAGCAGCUCUGGGAUCAGCGUGACCGUGCAACCAGUGGACACCUUCUGCUGUAAGAGACCCGACUCUAUGCAGAAAAUAAAUCCUUUUCUGGGUUACCAUGCUGAGUUCAUUCUUGGAUGCUACGAAGCACUACAUCUGCAACCACUUCUGCAGUUAACCUCUAACUGGAUUCAGUCAGAUGUUUUUGUGAGCAUUGAUGAGCAUCUGUUUUUGCUUCAUGAAUCCAUUGUAAACACCAUAUUAGGUUUUUUUUUUACUUUUUGUAAAUAGCUUACACCGUAACAGUUGUAGUCGAGGCAUACUCAUGUGGUCAAUAUUUAUAUGGUGCUUUACACUCCUUUUGAAAUGAAACUAAACUAUUGUCUAUGUUGGAAACGUUCUUCAGAACUAACAGCUCUCGUUUCAUUUGGGAAACACUGCCUUUAUAAUGCUUCGCUUAUUUACUGACCGUAUUGAUCGUGUAUGAAAACAUUUAUACACAAUACGUUCACUUAGAUACUCAAUGUAACGUAAGGAGGAUUUCUAAAAAGGUACAGUAUUACAGUACUUUUUUAAUAUAUUCUGAAUACGCAUAGAAGUCAAGCAAGUCACGUUUAUUUCUAUAACGCUUUAUACACUUCAGAUUGUUUCAAAGCAGAGGUAACAUUCAAGUCCGGCUGUAAAGCAGCUCUAACAAUCCAGGCCUUUCACAGAUCAAGUUCAGUUCAAUAACCUUAACAUGUAUAAAUCUGCGCUCAUACACUGUAUAUGCAGUGUGUUUUUUCCCAUGAUCACACACGUUUGAGUUCUACGACUAACUCCAAUGCACACUGAACAAGCAAAACGUGCAAGAAUACCAGUUUUGAAUCGUUUCGAGAGGCGUUUUAUUUGAUGUGAUAUACGCUAAAGGUUUCCCACGUUUUGUGGGCAGGUGUGUAUAAGUUUGCAAAAAUGAACAGCAGUUUAAAAAAAAGAUGUAGUUCAUUAUUUAAAGCUUUUCAGUGCGGUGUCCUGGGUUGCCAUGUGGUGGUUGGUCACAGGGUUUUCGGGGUGAACCAAUGAACCGAACAUUGCAUGUCAUAGAUUAUCUACUUUUGGCAAAAAAACGAAUCAAACUGUGAUAUAAUGCAUGCGAGUUGUUUUUUUUCCUCCCUGAGCUUCACUACACGCUAUGCCCUCUGCCCUAUGUCUGUCUGAGGAGCUCAAUCCAAGACUCAUGUCACGAAACAGGCACGAUCUGAGUCCCUCUGACCUUUUUAAGUUCAUGUUAUUUAUUGGGUCACUAAAAGCUUUUUGUAUGAAUUGAAUUUGAAAUGUCUCCUUUCAAAAACAUGUUACAAAUCAUCUUAUUUUCUGUCGAUGCCGCCUGUUUUGUCAUGUCCCUCAUGGUCUUCUAUGAAAGAAGGGAUAUGAAUAAUAAAAUUAGAAAAAGUC